AUGACCUCCAAAUACAUUGCCGUCUCCGUCCCCUCGUCAGUCACCCCGUCCGGACACAAAGAAGAUGCGAUUUCCUCGUUAGAAAAAGCGGUGAAUCCAUCCAAUGGCGAAGUCAUACCAUUUUCCGUCCCUGAAUUCAAAAUUGGCACUCUCGAUGCUCUCCUGCAACAGUCGGACGACCUGGCCAAACUCGAAGGUCUAUGCAAUGCUGUCGUGAGCAAGGUUGGAGAUACGCUGAAGAAUAUCCUGGAUGGAGACGAAGAGAAGAUUGCCAUGCAUAAAAAUGUCAAUGAUAAACCUCUGGAACAGUACUUACGAAGUUUCUCUUGGAACAAAGUCAAAUAUCGAGCUGAUAGGCCCCUGGCGGAGCUGAUUGAUCUUUUACAAAAGGAAGCAAACUCAAUCGACAACGACGUUCGAUCCAAAUACAACCAAUACAACUCGAUACGCACAAACCUGCAGACCCUCGUGCGAAAACAAACGGGAAACCUCUCUACCAAGUCCUUACUCAGCGUCGUCUCGCCUGGGGUGCUCGUCACAGACUCCGAACACCUCGAAACACACCUGGUCGCGGUCCCCAACUCCAGCGUGAAAGAAUUCAUGCGCUCCUACGAAACACUCGCGCCCAUGGUCGUCCCGCGCUCCGCGUAUUUCGUCGCCAAUGAUGACGAAUAUAGUCUGUACGCCGUGACAACGUUCAAGAAACACAGUCACGAGUUCGUCCAUAAGGCCCGCGAGAAGAAAUGGGUGCCGCGCGACUACAAGUUCAAGGAAGGCGGAAAGGAAGAGGAAGAAAGAGAAAUCAAGCGCGUCGAGGCCGAGGAGAAAAGGGUGUGGGGCGAGACGUUACGAUUAGGAAGAACGGGCUGGAGUGAAGGUGUCAUGUGCCUUGUGCAUGUCGUUGUAUUGAGGGUCUUUGUCGAGACGGUCCUCAGAUAUGGGUUGCCGUUGGACUUUGUGGCUGUAUUGAUCAAGACCGAUUCCAAACGCGAAAAGAAAGCUCGACAAGGUCUCGAUACGGAAUACGCAUAUCUUGCAGGCAACGCGUUCGGGAAAGACAGCAAAGGGAGGCCGAAGAAGGAUGACGGCGUCAGUUCAGCGGACAUGAUAGCUGGUGGCGAACAGGGGGAGUACUCGGCCUAUGUCUGUUAUGAUAUCGAUGUCGAUUGA